UACUCUCUUCUUUCUCACUUGUGUGGAGGAAAACACAACUCAAAAAACUGUGCAACAACAAGCACACACAAGAACAACAUCAACAAUGGCGAUUCGCAUCAAUACGGCGACGUUUCAAUCAGACCUGUAUCGUUCAUUCGCGUUUCCUCAACCGAAACCUCUCAGAUCUCCCAAAUUCGCCAUGGCUUCCACCAUUGGAUCCGCUACAACGAAGGUUGAAAGCACCAAAAAGCCCUUUACCCCUCCAAGGGAGGUUCACCAACAGGUGCUACACUCAAUGCCGCCACAAAAGAUCGAAAUCUUCAAAUCCAUGGAGGGUUGGGCCGAAGAUAACAUAUUGGUUCACCUAAAGCCCGUCGAAAAAUGCUGGCAAGCACAGGAUUUCCUACCAGAUCCCGCAUCUGACGGAUUUAUGGAACAAGUGGAGGAACUACGAGCUCGGGCUAAGGAGAUUCCGGAUGAUUACUUUGUUGUUUUGGUGGGAGAUAUGAUUACUGAAGAAGCACUGCCUACUUACCAAACAAUGCUUAAUACUCUUGAUGGUGUGCGUGAUGAGACCGGGGCUAGCCCUACUUCUUGGGCUAUCUGGACUCGGGCUUGGACCGCUGAAGAAAACAGGCACGGUGAUCUUCUACAUCAGUAUCUGUAUCUUAGUGGGCGGGUCGACAUGAGGCAGAUUCAGAAGACAAUUCAGUACCUCAUUGGGUCUGGAAUGGACCCCCGGACUGAAAACAGUCCUUACCUUGGGUUCAUCUACACUUCAUUUCAAGAGCGUGCCACCUUCAUCUCUCACGGAAACACAGCCCGGCACGCAAAGGAGCAUGGUGACGUGAAGCUGGCUCAAAUGUGCGGUAUAAUUGCAGCUGAUGAAAAAAGGCACGAAACCGCCUACACAAAAAUAGUAGAAAAACUCUUCGAAAUUGACCCGGACGGCACUGUUCUCGCUUUUGCUGACAUGAUGAGGAAAAAGAUCUCCAUGCCUGCACACUUGAUGUACGAUGGGCGUGACGAUAACCUCUUCGAAAAUUUCUCAGCUGUUGCCCAAAGGCUCGGUGUGUACACUGCAAAGGACUAUGCAGACAUUCUGGAGUUUCUGGUGGGCCGGUGGAAGGUGGCGGAUUUAACCGGGCUUUCUGGUGAAGGGCGUAAAGCCCAAGACUAUGUGUGCGGGCUGGCCCCAAGAAUCAGAAGGCUUGAGGAGAGGAACUCGGCAAGGGCGAAGGAAAGUGUGAACGUUCCGUUCAGCUGGAUCUUUGAUAGAGAAGUGAAGCUCUGAAAGUUGCUAUAGUAAGUUGUUAAAACCUAUAUUAGAUUGUCGUUUCUUUCGUGUAGUGCUGAUAUGUGUUUUCUUCUCGACUUUGUAAUGUGUCUCGAGUUCGGGUGUUUGUAAACUUGUUGGACAUAUUAUAAAACUUGUUAUGCCAGUUUUGAUGACGAUUAUCGUCUCAUCGGUCGGUUGCAGAGACACUGAUGGUGGAAAACUGGUUGGUAUGAAAA